GCCUGACGCCAAGCUCCAUCCUUAGGGGCGGUUGUUGCUUUGAGGCUGGUCAGGAGCUUUUCUAAGAAGCCAGCGAAGCUCUGCGCUUUCGUUCUGGCCCUCGGCCAUCUCUAGGGAAGGCCUGAGAGUGGCUCCCGCGGCGUUGCCACAGCAGGUGAACAAGCGGCCUCAGCCCGUCCUUCCAAAUGACCAAACGAGCGAGGGAUUUAACCACGAGGCUUUCCAGAAAGCCGCCAGCUUGAGCGCCGGAUUCACAAAUACAGUCAGAGCUGAUGGAAUCUGACAGUCGCAAUGGAUAGUGAUGGACUGCACCAAACAUCAGAUGCAACCACAGGAAACCCUGAGCUAGUUAAGGGAGCUCAGCUUCAGACUGAUGACAGGUUGGCUUCUCCAGAACAAACCAGAGCUGCUCAAAGUGAUCCUGCUGCAAGGGAGCACAUUCACACUGAUAUUGGCAAAGAGCCAAUCAUGAGAGAUCUACAGGUGCAAAUAACUGACUGGGAUGCACAGAUUCUACCUAACCGGGAAGAGGAAUCCCUGAAGCGCUCAAAGUAUAGCCUAGGAGGCUCAGCUGACAGUGUACUCUCUUUAACUUCUUCAUAUUCUCUCCUGCCUCUUGAAUGGAAAACGUUGAGAUCCAGCCAGUCUCAGGGCACAUUGGCACAGUUUUCAGGUGUCAUGCUAGAAAAUGAAGAUGGAAGACACAAACCAGCAUCAGACAAUAACCAAGAUGUUGUGGAUGAUAUAAUUGGAGAUGAAGUUGUUUUCAAAGUAUGCACUCAUGUGCUUAACCAUCAUUCAGGUGCUGCUUACACUAUAGAUUCUAGAACAGAUCCCAUAGUACACUCUGGAUCACUGAGCUGUAAAAAUGCAAACUGCCCAAACCAAUUUUCAAAUGACUCACCAUGCAUGUCUAUGCUGUCCCCAAGAACAGAGAAGCUUCUGGAAGUUGGAAUGCUGGCUAAUCAAGCACAUAGCUCAGCAAUUGAUCCACAAGAUUCAGAUUUGGUCAACCAACUUUGGACAGCUGCUGUAUCACCAAAGAGCUUAUACAAAACCAGCAUUGCAUCAAUUGGUUGGGGAAACAUUUCUGCUAACGAGCCUAUAUGGUCUCCUGUGUUGUCAGAGUCAUUGCUAAAACCUCCAGAUGAGAGCAAAGAGGAACUUUCUCAGCCAAUGAAAAAAGUGCAGAUUGAAGACCAACCACUCUUGCAGGAGAAAGAUAUUCCUAACAAACAGCAGUCAGUUCCCAGCCUGCCGAAAUUUGAAUGCAGUUCUCCUACAAUUCUGCAGCAACGGAUUGUGAGCCUCAAAAGCCAAAUCAGUGAUCUUCAGGAAGCCAAUGAGACUGCUGUCUUGGAGCUAGCAAAGGCAGAUGAAGAAAUUUCACAACUGAAGAAUGAAAUGGCUAAGUUAAAAUCUGAAUAUCUACAAAAGAUAGCAGACUCCAAAGAAGAAAACCUUAUUUUGAAGAAAAAGAUCAACAGGAUACACAACAGACAUGGUCCAAUAGAUACUUAUGAGCAGGCCCUGCAUGAAGAGAUUUGUGAGCUGAGAAGUGAAUCCAAGAGCCUGAGGGAAAUCAGUCACCAGUUGAAUGAGGAAAACCACAGACUGAAAGAAGAAUUAUGGGAUGUAAAGAGAAAAUACAAAUGGCUAAUGUAUACAGUUGCUGGCAAGCAGGAUGAAAGGUUACAAGAACCGUCUAGGAACAACACUUCCCUGUCAUCCAUAAAUAGUGAGUCUACAGAUGUUCUGACUGCUAGUUACUGUGACACAGGGCUACCAAAUGAAAACAGAGGCUUAAAAGAUGAGGCAUCGGAAAAGAACACAAAUGCAAGCAGCAGCAACUCUUUUUGCGCUGGUCAACGCAAUCAAAGGAGUUCUGAGAAGACCGAGCAACGCAUCUCAAGUUCAGCUUCAAGUAGUCUCUCUCAGCUGGACACAUGCAGUAAAUAUUCUUCAAGCAGGGUUCAUAUGGAUAAAGCCGCACUAUCCAGACGACCAUUUGCACCCAGAAAUGUUACAGAUCUGAAAGUUGGGAACCUAGUGAAAUUUUCAUGUCCAACAGGCAAAAUCAGCAAAGGAACAGUCAAAUAUUUAGGACCACUGUUUGGGAGAGAAGACGACUACCUUGGAAUAGAGCUGGAUGGCAAUCAGAUGGGGAGACAUGAUGGAACUUUUCAAGGAACACGCUACUUUCUUUGUGAACCUAACAAGGGAGUUUUUGUUAACUUCCGCAAAGUCAUUAUUGCCUGGGAAUGAUGACCCCAUCAAAUCCUGAACAUUGAACACAAGGAUAUUUAAAGCUUUCAGACAUGUUACAAAGAAGAGACCAAAUGUAUAAGACAAUCGUCAUGCAUCAGUAUUUUUCUUGCCAUUUUAAUCAAUUCUAUAUAAACAUUUUGUAUCUUUAAAUUUUUGUAAAAAUAAAACUGUAAUUGUACCAUUGCUUUAAA